GACGUGAAUAUGAAGCAUAUCCAACAGGCAAUAUCCGAUUCAGAAAAAAGCUUUCUUGCAAGACUUGAAUAGGAAAUGUAAUUUUCAAUGAGCAGCUGAAAUCACUGUCAGUCAGGUUGGCCUAUAUAGUUGUUCUGCCUUGCCAUUCAUAGCCUUGCAAAUUACAUAUGAAAAAUGAAAGCUAUUUGAAAACUAUAGUCUAUAGUUACAAUGGUGAAAAUUGACAUUCUGCAACCAUUCUGGUCCUGCCCAUUUGAACGUAAGCCUAUGCUUUUUUAAUCUUGGAGUGUAUAAGGAAAACUUAUGGGAGACGUACUAAUGACCUGGAGUGCUGGGAAACACAUAGGGAAGAAAAUAUACCCAAAAUCAUCACAGAUAAAGGACGAAAUAUUAACUGCCUAUUCUAUUACUGAACAUCCAAAUAUAGAAAAUGACUCCUAUGCACGGUGACACCCAGUGGAGAACUGAGGCAAAGACAGGAAAGUUCCUGAAGACACUGGAGCUCCAAGUGGAAGAAUAUAAAAGCUGUGAAACUCCCACUGCUUUGACAGAAACCAACACUGAACACACGGUACAAUCUCAGAGCAAGAGGACUCAACAUUAACAUUGACUGAAGAUGCUGUGCUUCCGAGUAUUCCAGUGUUCCCUCAGCCCAUUGAUGGACUUCUACAGGCCUGUGUGCAGUCUUUGGCCAGAAGUCCAACCUCUUCUCUGCCAGCAGUAUUUACUGCAGAGAAACAUGCUGGAGAUCAAGAGCAGUCUGGAGCUGAUGGAGAAACAUCAGCAGCACAUAUUUGAGGAGAUGGACCAUGUCCCAGCCUCUGUGGUCAUCCAAGCAGUCUCCUACACACUGGAGAAAGAGAGAGAGGGUUUUGCCCUGGCACUGGAGACUAAAGACUUCUCCCCAGAGGAGCUGUCUGUCAAGCAGGUGGGCAGGAAGCUGAGAGUCAGUGGGAAGACAGAGAAGAAGCAGGAUGAUGGGGAAGGCUCUUACUCUUACAGAUGCCAGGAGUUCAGACAGGAAUUUGAUCUGCCUGAUGGGGUGAAUCCUGAGACUGUCACCUGCUCCCUGGAUCAUGAUGGGAAGCUCCACAUCGAGGCUCCAAAGAAUCCAUCAUCUGCUGAGGAGGUGGCUGAGAGAGUGGUGCCGAUCAACUGUAGCCUGGAUGUGAAGAUGCCACAAUUCCUCAGCUCACAGACAGAGGGCAGCAACACAGAGGGCAGCACCUCAGGCACAUAGGAGAAACAACAGAACAGUAUUUCACAUAAAGACUGAUCAUAUUAUUAUGCUAUUUUUUAUUUGACUGGAUGUUACAUUUUCUAAUCUAUAUUUUUAUGGUUAUGAAACUGUAUGCAUUUACAUUUCAUAUCUUGUAACAAUCAAUCUGAGAUGCUAUUUAAUUGAAUCAAUCAAAUCUAUACACUAUUGCAGUCAUUAUCAACUCUUCAAUUAAUAUCAACAUAAUGAGAAUCGAUAGAGGGGCUAAAGGCUGGCCUAAAGGCUUACACUGUCUUCUUUAUAGAUUUUCUUGUUUUUCAUAUGAAUUAUCUAAAUGUCAUGAUAUGUUUAGAUAAAAUGUGUAGUUUUGUUACCAAAUAAAAUGUUCAGUAUAUAUAUAAGACAGUUGUUAAAUUCAUUUUUGUGAAAUAUACCAUUUCAGUAUGCUAGUUAGAGGGAAGU